GCUACGUACAAUAUAGCAUGCUUUUUUUUUAAAUCGGCGCAUAAACUCAAGCUAAUAUUGAAUCCCGAGCAAGACCGGGCACACUCAGCUAGUACCCUAUAUAAUUUAAAAAUCAGCUAGGAAACUAACUUCAAAAUGAAGCAUUUUUGUCACAUGAAGGUGUUACCUGGGUCGAACUAAGAUAUAAUAAAUAGGUAUAGGCUUAAAUCAAAAGUACUUGAAACACGUUUAAUUUUAGAUUACAAGCACAAGUGCAGGUACUUAAUAAAGCAUGGGUUAUGAUUGAUUAGGUGAAUUAGAGCUUUUAAUAAUUUAUUAAAUUAGACUAAUGAGAUAUCAUAAUCAUCAAAUGAACUUAAAUAAGAAACUUCAGAAAGUCUAAUGACAUUAAGUAGAUGAACAAAAGAAUUAGGAUGCGGGGGGUCCGCUUAGGGAGGUAACUAACCUUUAAAGUUGUAGAAUAAAUCUUCUUAUUUAGUCUUGAACUUUAAAAAGAAAACGCAGGCAGACCAAUAGCAUUAAGCAGAUUCACAAGGAGAGGAAUAGUUUAGGAAAUAAAAAAAGGAAAGGAAUGUGACAAUUAAUAGCUUUUAAACUUUUGGAGGUAUUGCCCUGAGUUUGUUGUACUUGAUUACUAUAUUAUUCUCUCAAUGCGCGAAAUCUCUUAUAUAUGCGGUUAAAGCAUUUGAGUUAACUUAUUUCUUAGUGUUCAAGUACUUACAUUUUUAAACAGCAGUCAAUGUUAAUCUAUGUAUGAACUAAACCCUACGUAAAAUCGAUCUUUCCUUAUGUGGUAUUGAUGCAUGUUUAACUUUUCGUGGCUGUCGGAAUCAACGCGUCUACGUCUACGGAGCUUACGCAGAAGUGAUUCGCAAUGCGGUAGAUCUCAGCAAAAGUUUUUUUUGAGCUUCUGUAGUAUAGAAUUUGUUAGGUACGGUCGCGAAAUCUUGAAAUGAUUGAUACGUGCGGUAAAAUAACUAAAUUGAAACAAAGCUCAACAGUAAAAUAAGUAGAAUAUUUAGGGAGGAAACCAAAAUUAAUCAACUUGCCAACAUAGGCUAUCACAUUUAUUUUGGUGGCACUCUUUAAGUGAUAAUAAGUUGUUUUUUCUCUACGGUUGUUUCGCGUGGCGUUCACAAUUUCCGCGAUGUUCGUAUCUUACGUAAUUUAGAUGUUUAGCUAUAAACGGUUUCACUGACUCGAGGUCGUUCCUUAAGCGGUGUUGGUACAGGUUAAACCUUUGCCGACUGUCGGAUUCAACGCGCCUACGGCUACGGAGCUUACGCAGAAGUGAUACGCAAUUCGGUAGAGCUUGUCAAACGCUUUUGAGCUUAUAGAAUUUGUUCGGUGCGGUCGCGAAAUCUUGAAAUGAUUGAUACGUUCUUUAAAUUAACUAAUUUGAUACAAAGCUCAGUAGUAAAUAAGUAGAAACCAGGAAACCAAAAUUAAUCAACUUGCCAACAUAAGCUAUCACAUUUAUUUUGGUGGCACUCUUUAAAUGAUAAUAAGCCUUUUUUUUCUCGCUUCGGUUGUCUCGCACGGCUUUCGGAAUUCGCGUGGUUUUCGUAACUUACAUAAUUUAGAUAUUUCGUUCGAAACGGAUUUACUUAUUCAAUCGCUUUACUACGCGGAUGUAUCUACGCGCACACGUCACAGCAUUUUUUCUAUAACUAUCUUGAAACAAUACAUACGGAAUCCAGUGUUCAAGCGGCCAACAUAGGCUAGUCCUUCUGCUGUAUUGUCAAAGAUAGAAGCAAAAUUUAUUCAAAUGGGUCAAGUCUUGAAAAUUAAGCUGUCACGCAGCUCCAGCUUGAUACCCAAUAACAAAAAAAAAAGAAGAUGAUUUUGAAGUAGCCUCCCUGGUACAGUACUACCAAAGUACAUAGAAUGUCGAAUGUUGAGACUUUAGAACAAAUAUCCAACAAAAUAAUUAAUAAUUUCAGGUAAUAAUCGUUGCAAUCCUCAAUUGCAACGAUUAAUUCCCUUUAUACUUAGAUAAGAUUUAGUUUUAGUUUUUAGUUUUAAGAUUUCAAUUGUUAUACUGACAAGCAGGUUAAACAAAACUGAAUUACCAAGCAGGAACAAUGUAAAAACACUUGGAUAUAUAUAUCAUAACAAUUAAGGCUGGUAAGUUACUGUAGUAACUGGAGCACCUAGGUUAAAAUGAAAUGUUAUUUAUUUUGAUUUUGGAACAAAAAAAGAGUUAAAAAAAAUACAAUAUUCACCUUGGCUGUUGACAGUAGGAACUCCGGAUGGUCCAGCGAUAGGCUCUUCGGGUGCGGGUUUAUACAGUUUGAGGUAGCAAUUUCUACAUAUGAAGGAACUGCCAUCUAAUUUAACUUUUUUCAUCACCGCAUGAACUUGAAGAGCUUGGGUAAGAUUCCUCUUUAAACAACAACAAGAACACUUAAAAUUCAUCGUUUAUAAAACACUGGCUGUACAGAAUAUCUUUGGAUUAACAGAGCUUUUGUUUCCUUACUGAUUAUUUCACUUCUCAUUUUUAAAUAUACCACCAUGCAUUGUACCUACGAACGAACACCUAACCUACCAAGUUUUCUGUAUGAUUUUAGCAUGUGCUUUGUCUAGGUAGCUAUUUACUUGUUGAAGUAUUCACUUUGAAUAAACAAGCCUAUAAAAGCAGAAGCAGAAAAUUGAUAUGGAUUAUACGACUAUGUCAGCUAUGUCCCAAUGUAGACGCAGGGUAAUCGUAUUGGAGUAAUGAGCGAAAUUUCUAAACAUGAUAAUUUAAAAAAAUCGCAACUCAAAAAUGAAGGAAAAUACAUCGCUGUUUUUUUGAUAUGUUGUGUAGAAAAGCCUAAAUUUAAAAUAUAUAUAUAUAAACGUAUUACGCCCAUUGUCUACAAACCAUGAAAACCAUAAAAAAACAAACACAAUCAAAGUUUCUUCCAAUUUUCAAAAUAUUUUAUAUUUUUUCUGAAAAGUAUUUUUAGUAACCUUUCAUUUGAUAUUUUGGUCAUUCAAAUCGGUUCAAUGGUUCAAAAGAUAUGAUAUAAAAAAUGCCAUUUUUGGAAAAAAUAGAAAAAAAAAAUCGUUUUUUUGGACUACCCUAGCAUGGAAAUGGUCACCCUAAUGAGAAAAUAAAAAAUACGGGUCUAAUAUUUUUCGAUAAGGAACAAAACUACCUAUUGUUAUGAAAUUCUGAGGACCACUAUAUCGUUUUGCUAUGGAAUGGAUUGGAAUAUAUAUAUAUGUAUAUUAGACCUGUUCAUUUUGUUGGUGGGGGCGAUAUUUAUAUACGCCACCACUGCGACACCAACGAUAAGUCGACAAACCAGUCGACGAACGGGAGAGAGGAAAAAGAGUUAGUAAAGAACAGAAACGAUUUUCAGUUACUUUUGUACCGACCGCGAAUAAAGUUUUUUUUCGUACCGAGCUCCGUGUUGCGUUUUCUUUUCUGACGCGUUCACCCGAGUUUCUGAUUGCUGGUCGAUCCCGUUUUCCCACAGAUGACCCGAAGAAAAGUGGUAGUGCGAUUUUCCCCCGGGACUGAACAUUUUCUGCGAAGUGAAAAUUCGGCGUGGGGAAGCGGAGCGUUGAGUCACUGGCGUUGGUUUCGAUAGCGUCAGUGGUGUACGGUUGGUUGCCUGUGUGCGUGUGUUGCUCGGUCGUGAGACGGGUGAACAGCAGCAGCUAGAGUGAAUUCGCGUGCGUUGGUUGAGGUUAUAAACGAAUGAAAAAAAAGUUUUCGUCAGUGAGUUCGAGCAAAAUCGAAAAUGGCUAAGAAACAUGUGUUAUUUCCACGCCUCAAUAACCAGAAUAACUCGACGUGACAACUGUGGAUGGAGAUGGUGUUAAAGCGGGAUGAAUUGUGGUUCGCGGUGCAUGACGCGAAGCUGACACCAGUCGCUCGCGCUUGGACGACAGCACACCAAAAGGCGUAACAUCGUGUUGUUUUGUGAGGAUAGCCAGCUAAAUUUGAUCAAGAACGCAAAAUCGGCCGUGCUGAAGAAGUUUCACAACAAAGCCGAGAUGACAUCCCGUGUAUCGCUGCUCAGAAGGAUCUGUAGCCUGAAUAUGACGGAAGGAGAAAACGUGGAGAAGCACCUCUUCGAGCUGGAGGAGUUAUUUGACCGAGUGGAGUGUGUCGGUCAGAAACUAGAAACACCAUUGAAAGUAGCGAUGAUUUAUCGCAGCGUCCCGGAAUCAUAUGGCGGAUUGGUGACGGCGAUGAAAAGCACUCACACACACUAGCGAAUCAAUCUUCGAAAAAUCUUCAAUUAUUUCUCGCAUCUACUUGCAUCGCACAUCAUCUUUUUGCAGGAAAUCUUCAGAAUCGUCAUCAAUCUUCUUUCUAUCUACUCAGUGUGCGUGCAGCUAACCACAGCAAAACACAAUUUUUCCUGCACCGUAGAUAGAGUCGCCCCCUCGGUUGCAGCAGGAUAAGAAGAAAGAAGAAGAUUCCAGAAGUGACAAGAAGAGAAGUGCGCGUAAAGCCAAACAGGCUGUCGAAACGGAAAACCCGAUUUGCUUCACGGUUGGAAGCAAUCGGUGCAGCGGUUCGUGGUACGUGGACAGUGGCAGCUCGAGCCACAUGACGAACGAGAAAGCCUUUUUUCGGGAACUGAAUGAAAAUGUGAAGAUCGAUGUUGUGUUGACCGAUGGAUCUGUGACCAGAUCGGCCGAAAUUGGCGAAGAUAUUGUGAAGUGUGUUGAUAAUGACGGCCGCGUGAGAGACUUUACCUUUCAAGAGGUGUUGUACAUGCCGAACCUGGACAGUAGUUUGUUGUCGGUUCGGAAGUUAACACAAAAAGGACUGAAGGUGGAAUUCGGCGCGUCAAGGUUCACAGUGGUGAAUAUGGAAGGAGAAGUGGUUGCAGUGGCAGUUCUUAGUGGAAACCUGUACGAGCUGAGCGUGGUACAGGAUGCACGGCUGAGCAAGGAGGCUCGGCAUUCGGAAAGCUGCCAGCACACAUGGCACCGGCUCGAACGGGGAAUAAACGAUGCCAAGGUUCAGGAGGAGCAGGAUGAACAGCAGCAGAUUCAGGAGGAGAAUUCGGAGUUCGAAGAAGAAUUUUAUGGUUUCGAAACCGAGGAAGAAGAUCCCGUCGGCCGAGCCGUUCAAGAUCAGAACCAUUAAGCUGAAAGUUGUUACAGCAGUUUUCGUUGUUUCAGUCUCGAGAUACAAAUAUUAUAAGCCGUAAAUUACCUUAAAAACAUAAAAUUAACUUGAAGCACCUCUAAAUCGACACCGAUCUUGCUGAAAAUUGGCAGAGAAGUUCAAAUUAACAUGAUGAACAGUAAUCACGGUUGACCCGGUGCAUAUAUAGUGACCUACACAAUACCCUGCAAAGAACCUGGUUCCCUAACAAACAAAACAAAUGUGUAAAUAUCUUGCCGUGCGGAUCUAUUUGCUUGUUGCUGAAGGAAGUUUUUCUGCUACUUAACGCUACACCUAACGCAUUACCUACCAAUUUUCAAUCAUUGCAAUGAUUGUUGCAUUGUUUGGACCCUUCGGGUAAUCCGGCUUGGAUAUCAAAUUGGAAAAAAACCUCUUUGCCUUCGCAUAACGAUAGGAAUCUGCUUGGAAGUCGAUCGGGAGAAUACAUCUAAAUUUAUUUUUAUUUAUUCCUCUUUGAUCCUUGUUUGGACCCUACACGAGGUAAUCCUGCGUAAUAAUCCCGUAACGUGACUAGAUCACCUUUUUGUGGUACGUUACGGGAUGUAACAUCUACCACCGCUUCCUAGUCCUGACUAGGACAAACUGGAGGGCCAGGAUUUUUCGCUUCCUUGCGAUGAACGCAAGAAUAACAACUGUAUCAACACCAAAUACUUCAUCAUUUCUUAUAGUGAUGGAGUAGUUUUUUUUUUCUUUUUUUAUUAUAGUCACUUUAAUACUUUUGGGUCAUUCGUGACUUGUCCGGGGUGAGAUUUAAACUCGUGACUUUGGCGUGAGAGGUAUAGGGGGCCGGGGUCGCCCCCAGUAAAAAGGGUGUAUUCGAUAAAAAUGGCACACACAUAUUUACUCACCAAAAAUAAACCGAUUAUCGGAUUUUCUUGAAAUUUUCAGGGAAUGAAAAACUACUCCCAUCCCGAAUGCUCGCACCUUCCUUUUCACUCCACCCAUCACAUUUUGUACAACCGAUUUUCCCAGUUUUUUCUUCAACUCCAGCUCUGUUUUAAUAGUUUUGGGAUGUUUGCAAAGUUCCGUCUUCAUAUUUGCCCAGAAUUUUUCAAUUGGGCGAAGUUCCGGUCAAUUUGGUGGGUUCAUAUUUUUUGGCACAACAUUGACUCCGUUGGCUCGGUACCACUCCGACACGUUUCGAGCGUAGUGGCAGGGUCCUAGAUCAGGCCAAAACAAAGUUGAUCCUUUGUGCUUCCUUAUGAAUGGUGAAAGACGCUUCUUAAGGCACUCUUCCGUGUAAAUCGAAAAUCCUCCGGAACAUCGAACUUAGACUUGGAAACGAAAUAUUCUUGCUCAGAAAGUUGACGGAAGUCGACUUUGAGGUGAGUUUCGUCAUUCAUCACGAAGCAACACGAUUUGGUGAGCAGCUUCGUGUAAAGAUAUUUUGCUUUUCAUUCCGGUUCAGGGCUUUUUGCACCUUGUAAACAUGUAACCCAGCACGCUUCAUGGGUUUCUGCACAAAAUCGACUGACACCUUGGACUUUUUAGCGACAUCUUGAAUUGACAUGUGUGGACGGUUCUUGAACUGUUGCACCACUUUCCUGGCCAUUUUACUGUCCAUUGGACCACUUUUACGACCAGUCUCUUCAUACCUUCGGGCACUCAUACGCUCCUUGAAGGUUCUUAUCGUACGAGGCACAGUUUUAUUUGCAAUUCAAACUUUUUAGCCAUCCAUCGGUGGGAUGCCUCAGGAUUUUGAUUGUAUAUAAGUGCACAACACUUUUUUUCGGACAAUUUCUUGUUUCGAAGUCAUGACUGGUACUACUGUAUGUAUAGUAGACUGAUGCAAAAUUUAACUUUUUCGCUCCACAGUGCUUAAAUGGUUUCCAAUCGGGUCGUGAUUAGCCUCCAAAAGUUACAACUCAUUUGGUUAGAAACAGACUUCGCACAAACCAUUUGAAGUUUACAUGUAAAUUACUAUGGGAAAUCUCAACUUUUUGUUCAUUGCCUUCUAGUCUUUUUCCGUAUUGAGCUGCAAAACAGCUCGAUAGCUAUUCUUAUAGAAAAGCUACAACUUUGCUGAAGAUUAUUUCUAUGAAAAACGAGACAGGAAAUAGUUAUUAAUUAUUUAAGAGAUUGGUAAACUUAUGACAUGAUCAAGCAGCUGCUCUGUAGGCAACACUGUAUUUUGCAGUGUGACAUAGUAGCCAUAAUUUUUGUGUCCUAUUCAACGCCCCAGAAACACCAAUGUUGCCUGCUGAGCAGUUGAUUGAGCAUGAUCAUAAGACAUCAGUGCAUUGAACCAUUAAUAACUUUCGAUCCUUGCAUUUAAUAAAAAAGUAGUUUUCAACAAAGUUGUAGCUGGGAAAAUUUCCUACAAGUGCAGUUGAAAACUUUUGAAGAAGACUGAUAUGGUAAAUUAUUAGAUAGACAUGAACAAAAAUCUUGGUUUUACCAUAGUAAUUCCCAUACAAACUUCAAAUGGUUUGUGCCAUCUCAGUUUCUCACCAAAUGGGUUCAAAUUUUGAGAGGUUAGUCAAGAUCCGAUUUGGAAUCGUUUAAGUACUGCGGAGCGAAAAUUUCAAAUUUUGCAUCACUCUAAUGUAUAGCUAUGAAACUUGGCAGAUGUUAACAAUACACUACACUCAUAAAAUUCGACACAUUUUUAUUGGCGAAUUUCCAUGUAAAAUUCCACAUGAUUUUCAUGUGUCCACACAUAAACAGAAUCCACUCAGAAGUACAUAUUAAAUUUAUGAGUCAAAUGAAUAGUAUGUGUGGUUACACAUGAAUUGUAUGUGUACACAUAACAACUAUCUGUACGACACAUAUAUAUCAUUUGCUUAUCACAUUGCAAAAAUUCAUGUGUGGGACACAUAAAACUAAUCAUUGAAUUUUUAUUAGUGUAUGAAUAAUAUUUACUCAAAUUUUCUGUUUUUUACUCAUACGGUUCAAAAGUUAUAGAAGAUUUUCGGUGUGCCAUUAAUAUCGAAUUCACCUUUUAAACUAAGCGGCGCUGGUGGUGUUGUGGUAAGUGUGGUUGCUUCUCACCCCAAAAGGCCUGGGAUCAAUCAACCAUACUUUUUAUUGCAUGGGAAAAAAUGAUGAAAUUUUGAGUAAAACUAGUUUAUAGUGUAAUUUUUACAUGUGCAAAAUCUCGUGGCAAUCUGUUAAGUGGUUAUCGAGAUGGCUUCCUAGCAAGAAGUGCUUCGACAACAAAUUAUGGGAGCGGGUCGUGGAAAAUCCAUGCCAGUUCCACAGGUGGAUCGCGGAACAGUUUGGAAUCGACAAUUCAACCGUUUUCCGUGUGAUAAAAUCGUUCAAGGAGACCCAGACGACCCAACGGCAAACUUGCAGCGGAAGAAAAGCGAAGACGACCGACCCCGUGAACGCAAGGAAGGUGAGGGAUUACUUCAAGCGCAAUCCGAACCUUCAUAUUCGGGACGUGGCCAAGAAGGUCAAUUGUACCGUCUGGUUCGUCCAGCAGACAAUGAUGCUUGCCGGACUUCAUGUCUUCAAGGAAAGGAAGGCGCAUAACUGAACCGAUAAACAGAAUACAUUGGCCAAAUCCUGCGCCAGGAAGCGCGAGUGGUUGGUGUAGCCGAAAUGCAUCGUAAUGCACGACGAGAUGUACAUUAAAGCGGACACCAAGCAGAUCCCCGGCCUGGAGUUUUUUGUCGACAAGUCCUGCAUGGAUGUUCCGGAGAAGUUCCGGAAGAAGAAGGUCGAUAAAUUUGCCAAAAAUUUGUACUUAGUGCGGCAGCCGAUCUGUGAGUGCGGCAAAUUCAGCAAGCCGUACAUAACGACCGGCACCAUCAACGGCCAAAUAUAUGAAGAAAAAUGCUUCCAGAAGCGCCUGCUGUCCUUCAUCCAGUCCCACGAAGGUAACACUGUUUUGGCCGGAAUUGGCAUGGUGGUCGUGAAACCGGUGAUAGCGUGGUACGAAGCUAACGGUGUUGUUUUUGUGCCUUUGCAAAAACAUAGUUGAUACGUGUUUGAGAGUUUCAAAAAUAUCCGACUUAAAAUGAAUGUUUGGUGAUAAUGAAUUUUUUUCGAGACAGUCUUUACAAUUGAUCAAAUUGCUGGCCUCUGUGGUUUUAUGUCCCGAACAGAGAAAAACCCUGUUUGGAUAUCGUAAUAUAUAGUAAUCUGCUUGGAAGUCGGUUUGAAGAAACUUUAUUCUUCCGCCAUGGCGCCUGAGCGCUAAAGAAAAGAACAAUAUCUCUAUAAACCUUUUCAGGAGAAAAUCAUUUAAGCAAUCAAUUUGAUAUGCUCACGAAUGAUGAGAAUGAUCCAGCAUCCAGGCAACAUUCGAAUAAAUUUUCCCGGUUUAAUGCCAAAACGAAAAGGUCUACUCUAUUGUGGUAACAACUUCCGAUUUCCAUACUCUUUGUACGGAACUUUUGAACUUUGUUAAAUUCAAGUUUUCACUUUAAAUCGGCCGUCGGGGUGAAUUCCGUGUAUUGGCUGAAACCUCGGACAGAUUCAAACGUCUUCUCAGGUAUCUUACUCUGAAGCAACAACAGUUUUUUUUUACUUUCGAAGCCAACUUGAACGUCUGUCUAGAACGACUUGUCUAGAAAGGUCUGCCCAGUGGUGAAUCCCUGGAUCGGAUCAAAGAUUAAUUGACAAAAUUACCUGGAGCUGAGCCAGUCCAAGUAAUCAAAUUGAAAAUCUCACCCAGUGCCGUAAGUGACAUGGUUGGGGUCACGGAACAAAAAAUGAUGCAUGCCAGCUAAAUGCAUGAAUUGGGUGAUUUUUAUCACGCAAAGGACUUCUGCCCUGUGAAGGAAGGUCCUAAAAAAUUUAAGUGUUCAAAUUGCGGUGAAAAUCAAAAUCUAUGUUUUUGGGAAUGCAAGACUCGCAAAGCGAUCUUACAAUCUCGUACUGAGCGACAGGUAGGAAACGCUCAACUUUCCCAACCAGGUACUAGCUCCUUAACUGUUAACAGCGGCCAGCGAGGAACAAAUUAAACAUUCGUACCCGUAGCCGGGCCGUAGGUACAGACAGUGCACAAUUCUUCAUAAAUACCCGCUACUAACAAUGUUCAGCAAGUAAAGAAAACUACCUAUUCUGACAUCAUAAUUCUAACCAAAACUUAAAUGAUCUUAAUCAAAUUAAGACAUCGAUAGGAUUACUGAUAAGCUGAAAACUUACUCCAAGUUUGAUGCAAUUCAAACUGGAGUUAAAUUUGCAAAUAAUAUAGACAUGACCCUGAAGUCAUUUCGAAAUCUGGAAGUGUGUUUGCAGUACCAUUAUUCAUAUGAUAACGGUAGUGUUUACAUGCGGGGCUUAUUGUAUGUGAAAGUAACCUCGGAAUGGACGUGAAUUACCAGGCAUUCUUAAAUGGGUUGCUGAAUCUGCAGUAGAGCUAUCGCUUUCUAGCUCCCGGACUAAACUUGCUUUAAAUUAUUACAUCAAGGAUUGUUGUAAGCAAAUUUCUUCCAUAAUACCACUGCCGGCAAGUGGGGGUUAGAUUGAACACACACACACAAUAUAGACAUGACCCUGAAGUUCAGUAAUGGGUUUCAAAUUGUUGAAUAUUUUGUAUUUGAAUUGUCGAUUUCUUCAAAAUAAUAUGGACGAGCUUUUAAAUGUUUUACGAGUUCAUAACGUGCAUAUUGCUGAUAUAACUGAAACUUGUCUCAAACCUUUUUUACCAAAUAAAAAUAGAACAUAAUUAUUCGGUGUACCGUAAUGAUCGCCUUGAUGGAGCUGGUGGUGGCGUUACCAUCAUUGUUUAUAGGCGUAUCCCAUCAAAUUCUUUCUUCAUUUGAAACCAAAGUUUUGUGAAACUUUGGGAGUUUCUGUCGAAACAACUUUUGCACAACUUACGUUUAUUGCUGAAUCUACGCUCUUCACCUGGAAAAUAAUAAAAUGUAAAUUAAAUAUAAAAUACAACCACACUAUAAAAUUAUAUCAACCUGAUAUUUCUCUACCUUGAAUUGUAACCACACAUUCAUCCGCACUCACUCUUAUGUACACUCGUUAUCAUGCUCUAACACUCGUUAUCAUACAUUCUCAUCCCUGCACAAUGUAAACGAGAGAUCGAAAUAUAAUUUAGUUACUAUCAGACCAGCAAAGCCAUCGUACGUUUUCCACGCUAGUCCGAAAAUAUCACCGUCGCAAAUUUUAAUGUCGGUGUAACUUGCCGGUGGGCAAGUAGUUUCCCGAACAACAUUAUUGGUGCCGAAACCCGGGAGUUGUGGUCCCGGAUUGUCGUGUCGGUGGCGCAUAGGACCGUGUCCGCGAGUGUACCACGCUUAUCGUCGCGUUUUCGUGUCGUCCACGACGGCAAGGUGUAUUUUAUUCAGCACCUAUUGUUUGGCCCAAAAGCAACCACGUUGUUAAUUGUGUGUCGCCAUCGAGAACGAUCGAGAAGAAACCAUUGUGACCAUACAAUAGUUAGGCAACAACCACGUCGCUUAGUGUUUUUGACUUCCCACGGACGGAGUGUUAAUUGUGGUACGAAGAGGAUCAUUCACUGCCAGGGUGUGAAAAUAAAGUACCGCUUCUGGUCGAAAAUUCACGUCCCGCUGGGUGGAUCUGGACUUUUCUGCGGUAGAUGUAAUCAAGUGGAAAUGCUGGUGCACGUCCGAAUACGGACGCCAUCGGUGUUUCCAACCUACAACUGCUGUCGAUCGCACUGGUGUAUGCUCAUCGUUUACCGGUGGAUAUCGUCGUUAUCGCCGCCAUCAUCAUCACUGCUCACGGCACGUAAGAAGCCGUCAUAAGGUAACAAUUUUCCAUUUUUUGUUAGGGAAUCAUGGCGCCGACCAAGAAAUUUAGUAAGGUGGCUAAAUUAAAGACGCUUUACCGCCAUCGUUCGAACAUUGUAAAUUCGGCGGAGGUUAUCCAGGCCUUUGACGAUGCGUAUGUCCCGGAUCAAGCUAACCAACUGCCAAUAAGAAUUCAGCAUUUAGAUGAAAUGUGGCGCGAAUUCCAAGCGAUUCAAGACCACAUCGAAGACAGAUGAGCCGGAUGAGGAAUUUGGUGAAGAUAGGCGAGAAUUCCAGAAUCUUUACUACGCGGUGAAAGCGUCCCUAGCAAGCAAGGUUCCUCCAUCUCCUCACCCGUUACUACCACCGGCAGUUAGAAACCCCCAACUCCCAUUGUCGGUGCCAAAUCUCCGUAUCCCUGAAAUAAAGCUUAAGGAGUUUUCUGGCAAUUUCGACGAGUGGGAAUCUUUUAGCGAUCUCUUUACCUCGCUGAUCGAGUCAAACCCGUAGUUGACCAUGGUACAGAAGCUGUACUAUCUGCGAGCUUCAGUUAUUGGCGAAGCUGCCCCCAUGAUUUCCUCCCUCGAUAUUAUCGCUAACAAUUAUCCGGUUGCAUGGAACUUGUUGAAAAACCGGUUUGACAAUAAGCACAUGCUGAUAAAAAGGCAUAUGGCUAGCUUGCUUUCUUUUUUUUUUAAAUUCUUUAUUUAAGAGAUUUUUAGCCUUAGGCUAGUUCAUCUCUAUAGCUUGCUUUCUAUUUCUCCCCUAAAGAAGGAAACAGCGACCGGUCUGGUGGAUUUGGCAGAUAAGUUCAACCGCCAUGUCCAGCUUGUGGAUAAACUCGAGGACGUCGAAGAGCACUGGAACUUGUUCUUGGUCGAACGGUUGAGUAGCUGUCUCGAUCCCACAUCACUCCGUGAAUAGGAGACUCAAUCGGCGGGGAACGACAAGCAAACAUACAAACAAAUCCUCGAAUUCAUCCAAAAGAGAUCACGCAUCUUGCAAACCCUACAGCUCUCCCAGCUUAGCAGCAGUUUUCAAAUCGAAAGUAAGCCCAAGCCUUGUGUGUCUUCGGCUCACGUGAGCACUUCGAGAAGUGCCAGGUGCAUCUGUUGCCAGCAACCACAUUUACUUUUCCUGUGUGACAAGUUCCUAAAGCUCACGAACACCACACGAACGGUUCGAUCUAGCCAAGAAGCAUAGCCUCUGCAUCAAUUGCCUGAAAGGGGUUCAUUUGGCGAAAGACUGCUCCAGCGGUGCAUGUAAAACAUGCGCAAAAAAAAACACCACACGUUUUUGCAUCUGCCAUCGCUAACAACGUCUACAGGCGGAUCUGGCGGCCGUCAGUCGCUGCCGGUAUAACAAAGCUCUUUCGCGGAAUCGAACCGCUUACAAAAUAGUCCACCGUCACGACUCGGUUCGGUACAAAGCUCUCGGUCGGUUGAGCUUUCGAAUACCUCACCACUCGUGUCGUCGUUUCGCGAAUUGUCGUCCGCUCUCGGUUACGAACUUCCCUCGUCGUCGGUAGUAUCGUCCGCCUCAAAUUUGCCUCCUACUGCCUGUCAAAGUGCUGAGUUAAUCCAGCGGUGAAAUCCCAACACCGUGCUACUUUCUACCGCUGUGAUUAAGGUCCUGGAUGCGGACAAUAAGUACCAGUACGCUCGUGCACUCUUGGAUAGUGGAUCCCAGCCCAGCUUCAUCUCGGAAGCACUGUGCCAGAGACUUAACUUGAAGCGGACGAAGCUCAACUCUCCGGUCAGUGGUAUCGGACAGUCUUUGGUCAACGUACACUACGGCGUAACUAUGUCGAUUGCCUCUCGUUUUGGCAUCUUCAUAUCGAGCCUCGAAUGUUUGGUCUUACCAAAACUUACGGAUUCCACGGCAUCUUCAACUUGCGGAUCCGCAGUUCAACUUCAGCCAAGGAGUGGAUGUAAUCAUCGGCGCUGAGCUUUUCUAUUCUUUUCUGGAAAAUCAGCAGAUUAGUCUCGGUACGGAUUAUCCAAUCCUUAAAAAAAAACCGUUUUCGGUUUCAUCAUCUGCGGCAAGGUCACGGAACAAACCGCCACGGGAGUCGUCGUGCAGUCCAGCCAUCUCUGCACCGACGAGUCGCUUGAUUCUCAGUUGGAAAGGUUCUGGGAGAUUGAGAAUCUUGACAAGAAAAAAAUCAUUCAUUCCGAACGAGCAGUUCUGUGAGCAACAUUUCCAGAAAACUGUCUCAAGGGACAAGGAUGGUCGUUACAUAGUUCGUCUGCCGUUGCGGAAAGAGCUGGUGCCCCUUAUGGGUGAUUCAUACACUCCUGUACUUCGUCGAUUACUGUCGAUGGAGAAGAAGUUUGCAGUUGAACGCAAAACACCGCUCAUGGAAUAAUGCUCAAAGUAAAUCCAAUUUUGAUGAUCUGUUUGAUGAUUGAUCUGCAGGUUUUUUUUUCCUCUGUUCGGGACAUAACACCACUGCGACCAGUAAUUUGAUCUAUUGUAGUAUAUCCCGUGUCCUUAGUUUAGUGCAUGUCGUAUUACUCCAUCACUAUUGAGAAAUGAUGAAGUAUUCGGUUUUGAUACAGUUGUCAUUCUUGCCUUCAUCGCAAGGAAUCGAUUCUAACUGAAUGGUUCCGCUAUUUAUACACUUCGGAGUUGGAACACCCUCCAAAGGCGCGCCCCUUUGUCAGUCAAAAUUGGAUUCCUUAACAACAAAAACAAGCUAUGACACCGAUAAUGACCAUGCAUCAGAACCCUAGUCUUAACCACUUCAAACUAGGGAACAACGAUUAGAAUAUUAGGAAUCACAUAGGUGAAGACUAACUAACUCAUUUUUUCCUUGUUUCAAGAUCAUCCUCGGUCCAGGCAACCCGAGGACUUAUCACUAUCAACAAGGCAUAAAAAAGUAACAAGGACUAAGAUGUGUUCCUUUGAUUACUGAAAAAUCCUGUUCCCCUAGUUUGAAGAAGUUAGGACUAGGAAUCGGUGGUAGAUCUUACAUCCCGUAACGUACCACGAAAAGGUGAUCUACCCACGUUACGGGGCGAUCUGCAGCACUUAAAAGCUCUCGUAUUUUCAUGAGAAAAUACGAGGAGUGCUUUACCGGCCUCAUAGAGCGAAUAGCCUCGACAGAACUGAGACUAUCCGUAAAAAUAAAAUAAUGAUCUGGUGCAAGUGAGGCGAUCGUUUCUAGCGUAUAAUGUAUUGCCGCUAGCUCAGCAACAAGGGAUCCCACGAAUCUCCCGCGUCAUAGAUAAAUCAAAACUAACUGAAUUGCCGAAGUCGGAGAAGCAUACACGAUGAGGAUUAUGCUGUGAAGGGCUGACAUCCUGUGUUAUGUACACGUAGUACAAUGUCAUAAAACGAGUUUGAGGGUUUAGCUCAAGAAGCUUCUCAAAGUUUUCGAUUACCAGUGGGUUCAUAACUUCACAACGGGUGAGGAGCCUGAGGGACAAUUCCGAAAACCGAUCCGAUAGUGGCAACAUGCCCGCCAACACUUCGAGACUCAUCGUAUGAGUCGAGUGCAUGCAUCCUAACGCGAUACGAAGACAGCGAUACUGGAUCCGUUCCAGUUUGAUGAUGUGCGUUUUAGCCGCCGACUGGAAGCAAAAACUACCGUACUCUAAAACCGAUAAAAUCGUUGUCCUGUACAACGUUAGAAGAUCUUGCGGAUGGGCUCCCCACCACGUUCCGGUAAUUGUUCGAAGAAAAUUGAUCCUUUGUUGGCAUUUUCGUCUCAGAUACUCAAUGUGGGAUCUACAGGUGCAUUUGGAAUCGAACCAGACUCCAGAAAGACAUGGAAUGAGUGAUCGGCCUACCCAAAAGUUGAAGCUUCGGUUGUGCUGGGCUAUGCUUCCUAGAAAAAACGACCAACUCAGUUUUCUCCGUGGAGAAUUCAAUACCUAGAUGAAUAGCCCAAGUAGAUAAAUUGUCUAAGGUAUCCUGCAAGGACCCUUACAGGAUUCUCUGGGCCCUGUCAUAGACACUACUCCGUCAUCUGCAAGUUGUCUCAGCGUGCAGUUGUCACUUAGACAAUUGUCAAUUUCUCUGAUGUAGAAAUUAUACAAAAGGGGGCUUAAACAUGAGCCCUGGGGGAGACCCAUGUAACUAAAUCGAGAAGCUUUAGAGUUUCCAUGAGAAAAGCUCAUAUGUUUCUCUGACAGCAAAUUGUACAAAAAGUUAUUAAUUAAUGGAGAAAGGCCACAAGCGUGGAGUUUGUCUGAAAGGACUUCAACCGAUACUGAAUCAAAAGUCCCCUUAAUAUCCAAGAACACAGAAGCCAUUUGCUCUUUUUUAGCAAAAGCCAACUGGAUUUCUGUGGAAAGCAACGCGAGACAGUCGUUCGUUCCCUUGCCCCUACGGAAACCAAAUUGAGUAUCUGAGAGUAGGUGGUUCGUCUCAACCCAUUUGUCCAAGCGAAAAAGGAUCAUUUUCUCCAACAAUUUUCGAAUGCACGAUAACAUCGCGAUGGGACGAUACGAGUUAUGAUCUGACGCGGGUUUUCCAGGCUUUUUAAUGGCUAUAACUCUCACUUGCCUCCAAUCAUCCGGAACAAUAUUGAGCUCUAGGAGCUGACAAAACAAGUUCAACAUGCGCCUCUUAGCGACGUCUGGGAGGUUCUUCAACAAAUUGAACUUGAUUCUAUCAGCCCCCGGAGCCGAAUUGCCACAUGAAAGGAGCGCGAGUGAGAGCUCCAGCAUUGAAAAAGGCUGGCUGAUCUCGUCUACCGAAUUCGUCGUUUCGCGAGGAAUCAUCCGUGCCGGCACGGAAUCAGGACAUACUUUUCGCGCGAACUUGAGAAUCCAACGAUCUGAGUACUCCUCGCUCUCGUUGUUCGAAGACCGGUUACGCAUCCUUCGCGCCGCGUUCCAAAGCGUAUUCAUCGACGUUUCACGCGAUAAUCCGUCCACGAAUUGCCGCCAGUAUCCGCGUUUCUUGGCUUUGAUGAGGCUCUUGAGUUCGCGUUCAAGAGCCGAGUACGCUUCGAAAUACACGGGUGUUCCACGUUUCCGGAAAAGCUUAAACGCGUCAGACUUUUUACGAUAAACCUCAGUGCAUUGGUGGUCCCACCAAGGGGAAGGAGGUUUCCUACGCAAAGACGUUCCAGGAACCGGUCGAGUUUGAGCUCGAAGCGCGCUGUCCAAGAUCAGAUUGGAGAGGAAGUUAUAUUCCUCCAACGGUGGAAGCCCUUCUACCGACAACACGGCUUCCUCUAUCGCGGUCUUGAACGUUGUCCAAUCGAUAUUACGGGUGAGGUCGUACGCGACGUUAACGGAUUCCGACGAAUUGAACCCACUGGCAAUCGAAAUGCCGAUCGGCAAGUGAUCACUACCGUGGGGAUCCUGGAUCACAUUCCACGUGCAAUCCAACGAUAAUGAGUUAGAGCAAAGUGUGAGGUCUAAUUUACUUCCAUUCGAGGAUGGUCCAGCCAAACGUGUUACUUCUCCAUUGUUAAGAAUUGUCAUAUUGAAGUUAUCACAGAGAUCAUAUAUCAUAGUAGAACGGUUGUCAUCAUACAGUUCCCCCCAGCCUGUACCGUGGGAAUUAAAAUCUCCCAUAAUCAACCGUGGAGCAGGAAGUACUGAACAUAUAUCUGAAAGUUGUUUUCGAUUAACAACGGCUCUAGGAGAAAUAUAAACAGAAGCAAUACAAAGGCUCUUACCUUUAAUAAUAGCCUGACAUGCGACAACUUCAAUACCUGUAAAUUGUGGAUGAUUCACUCUAUAGAAGGAAUGGCACUUUUUGAUCCCCAAAAGUACCCCUCCUCCACGCGAAUCCUCACGAUCCAGUCGAAUAAUGUUAAAAUCAUAAAAAGGAAGAUCAAUAUCUGAAGA